AGGGGCAGUAGGCUCCUUCAGAGGAGGUGGCUGCCACAGGCUUUUGAGGCCUGCUCUUCGCCAUCUCCUCUACUGCCUGUGUUGGCAGGCUCCGACACAAUGUGGCUCGUGCGACUUCUGCUGGUUGCACUGCUCUCCUUGACGGAGGGAGCUCUCCUGAAAGGAAGAUUGCGCAGCAAAGCGCGCAGAUCGGCAGCCAGGGUGGGACACCACCAUGAGGCGCUGCUCUUCAACAAGCAUGCACUCAAGUCCAAGCGUGCACACAGAGACAUGGGCGAGAUGUCCACCGAGAUCGUCCACAAGACGGCUUACUGGGGCUCCAUUCGAGUUGGCACACCAGCGCAGGAGUUCAAGGUGAUUUUCGACACCGGCAGCGGGAAUCUGAUCCUGCCCACCGCGAAGUGCACUUCGGACGGGUGCGCGCGGCACAAGAAGUACGUCCCGGAGCAGUCUUCGACCUCCAAGGAGGUGACAAACGAGAAUGGUGAGGGAUCGACAGAGAUCACCUUCGGCACCGGCUCCAUCACAGGUGACUUUUACGAGGAUCGCUUCUGCAUCGCAGAGUCCUUGUGCUCACAGGUCCGCUUCAUCGGCUCGGUCGAGCAGAGUGCCGCCCCUUUUGCCUCCACCCCCUUCGAUGGCAUCUUGGGCCUCGGCUUCAAGGAUCUGUCAAUGGGGCUGAACUUCAACAUUUUGGACGACAUGUAUCAGACAGGCUCCCUACCUGCCGGGCAAUUCUCGGUGUUCUUGACUGAGGAUGGCUCCAGCGAGAUUACCUUCGGUGGCUACAGGCCCGAGCAGUUGGCCUCAGAGGUGGUUUGGGCGCCAGUGACGCACGAGUCCUACUGGCAGGUGGCGGUUCAGGACAUCACAUUCGACAACACCGACACUGGUCUUUGUGGCAUCAUGGGGUGCCAGGUGGCCGUGGACACCGGCACCUCGAUGUUGGCUGGUCCGCCGGCAUUGGUCAACAGCCUGCAGGAGAAGUGGCUGGGCCCGGGUCCUUUUACUGCCUUCGUCUUCGUGUACCUUCAAUACCGACUCGCACGUUGCCUUCCGCAGGAGAGGGUCUCUGCCCGCGCUGGUGGCCAAGAGUUAGCUCUGCAAGACUCGGUUCUGCAUCACGAUGUUGCCAGUGGUGCCUUCAUAGACUAA